AUGCCUCUGCACUCUCUGCCAAGACGCGUACCCCAGGCUGGGCUGCGGAUCAGGCGAUUCUCGACUUCGUCGUGUAGCGCUAGCUACGCGGAUACUUUGCACAAUUUGAAGAUUGGCGCUCAUACGAAAGUCCUUUUCCAGGGAUUCACUGGAAGACAGGCUACUGCCAAUGUGAAGGAGUCUCUGGAAUGGGGAACCAAGAUUGUUGGAGGUGUCAAGCCUGGUGUUGAGGGCGAGCACCUGGGCCUUCCUAUCUUCCCUUCUGUCAAAGCGGCCCAUGAAAAAGCAAAACCUGAUGCAUCCGCUAUCUAUGUCCCGGGCAACCAAACAGCUCAGGCCAUUGAGGAAGCCAUUGAAGCCGAGAUCCCACUCGUAGUGGCAGUUGCUGAGCAUGUCCCCAUUCACGACAUCCUUCGGUUCCAAAAGAUCCACUCCAUGCUUCAAACCCAGUCCAAGACUCGUCUCGUCGGGGCAAACUGCCCGGGUAUCAUCUCAGCUAUCGGCAAGUGCCGUAUCGGCUUCCAGCCCCUACCGUGCUUCGCACCUGGCAAUGUUGGCAUCAUAGCCAAGUCAGGAACUUUGAGUUAUGAGACUGUCGCAUCGACGACCCGUGCUGGACUGGGACAGAGUCUUUGCAUUAGCAUGGGUGGUGAUGUGUUGGCUGGAACUAACUUCGUUGAUGCGCUGAAGAUCUUUGAACAUGAUUCUGAUACAGAGGGCAUUAUUCUUGUUGGUGAGAUCGGUGGCACGGCUGAGAUGGAUGCUGCAGAAUGGAUUAAGGAUUAUCGACAGCGGACUCAAAACCCCAAGCCUAUCAUGGCUCUCGUUGGUGGGUUGGAAGCACCUCCUGGCCGCAUCAUGGGCCAUGCUGGAGCUUGGGCUGCACCUGGCGAGCCUGAUGCUCAGACCAAGUAUCAUGCAUUGGAACGCGCUGGUGCCGUUAUGGUCAAUCACCCCGAGAAGUUCGGCGUGGGAAUGAAGACGUUGCUUGGCAACACCGGCCGCGUGGGUACAAGCUCUACAUCCGGGGCAAGCUCUCAAAAGCGAGGACUUCACACCAUGAGGCGCAUUACACCAACCCCGAGGCCCAUGAACCAGCAGAAGCGCAGUCUCUACGUCAAGCAGUUUCAAGCAUUUGACAUAUUGAAGCAAAAGUCUAUUCCCGUCAACGAGGCUCCUUCUAACUCAGAUACAUCAAUUUCCAUCUCUGUUGACCGAACAGCUUUGUCGCCGUGUAUCAUCGCAUCUCCAAGCGCUUCUCAACCCGACAAGGCGCAGAAAUUCCCCUUUUCCUACACCCAGACCAACUUUGGCAACAGCCCACUUGUUGCUGACGUUUCAUCGUAUUUGGGUCUUCCCGAGUCAACCAAGGGCAAGCUGGCUGAUCUUGUGCAAGCACUGUGGGAGAUUUUCAAAGAGAAGGAAGCUUUCAACCUGGAGACUCGCUUUGGAACAGCGGCAGAUGGAAACCUGGAAGUCCACGGUGCCCACUUUGGAUUCGACGAUGCUGCAUUCCGCAGCUCGAAGCGCCAGGAAGAGAUUCACAGCUUACGAAAUACCACUGAAGAGGCCCCCGAAGAGGUUGAAGCUGAGAAGGACGGAAUUGUAUACGUCAAAUUGGAGGGCGAGGGUAGCAUUGGUACUCUAGUCAACGGAGCUGGACUUGCCAUGAACACUGUCGACGCUCUAACGAUUCACGGCGGCCACUGCGCCAACUUCCUUGACACUGGCGGCAAGGCCACCUCCGAGACGGUCAAGUCAUCUUUUCGGAUCAUCUGCUCUGAUACGCGUGUUAAUGCUAUCUUUGUCAAUAUCUUUGGUGGUCUGACGCGUUGCGACAUGAUCGCCGAGGGAAUCAUCUUGGCUUUCCGGGACUUGCAUAUGAAGGUUCCCGUCGUGGUUCGACUGCGUGGGACAAAUGAAGAGCUUGGCCAGAAGAUGAUUGCUGAGAGUGGACUUCCUCUCCAUGCAUUCGACGGAUUUGAGGAUGCGGCCAAGAAGGUUAUCGCACUCGCUCAGAAGUAA